CAAAAGUGAGCACGCGAGCAGCAAAUCACCAUCAAAUGCCCAGGGGGUGAGGGUGGUACUGAUCCCUGUUCUCUUCGCUUGCUAUCCUGCUACUGAUCUCACAGACAUUUUGGUGUUUGAGCUAAUAACUUAUGAUUGCGUGCCGUUCUUUGGAAAGUGUCUCCUGUCGCUCGCUGCAUCCGGGGUCUCUGAGCGUAUGCUGCAUCGCACAGACAGUUUAGUCAGGAAGAUCUGUCAAUCACAUUGGAAUCCUUAUUUAAUGGGAGCUAUACUUCUUGUCAAGGCGCGGCGCCCAGUGUCCUCAAACUCAAACUGGAUCUGAGAGUUUUGAUAUAUUGGGCACCUCUGUCGCGGUCGCAUUUUGACUCUUCCCCAUAGCCUGUCUCUCGUUUCAUGAUGCGGUUGUCGCCAUGAAGCGAACAAGUGUCGAUGCAGAUGUACUGAGGCAACCCUUCGUCGAGGAGAAGGCACCCCUUGCCAAUGCAUCGCUGGACGAUGAUCACCAACUUCGACCACUUCGUGGGACAUCGGCGGACCUCCUCUCAAAAGCCGUCAUGGCUUCCCGACCGUCGCAUCUCUACAGACUGAGCAAGCGAUUCGCUUAUUGUUUCGUGCCGCAAUUCGUCAGAUCGCACGUUUGGGACGACAUGGCACCCGCACCGAAGCAGUUUCCCACCAGCUACCUCAAUGGCUUACGAGGCAUUACCGCAAUCAAAGUAUUCACCUUUCAUUAUACCAUGGCCUUCAGCGAUUUCGGAUUUCAGCCCUGGGGCACCGACGAACAUCAUAUGUACAUCCUCGAAUUACCCAUCAUUCGAUACUUUUACUCAGGAUUCACGGCUCAUGUAUUCUUUGGUAUUGCCGGCUACCUGACCACGCUUCGGCUCUUCAAACUCAUGGACAAGCACGACCAGCCCUCCCAGGCGAAAGUCCUCGUCAAUAUCUCCGGCGCAUUAUUCCGUCGCGCUUUGAGACUGUACCUCCCAACACUUAUCAUCACCCUUAUCACCGCUCAUUACAUCUACUUCGGAUACUACGAAAGCAAUCGACCGUUUCUGUUGGAUCACGAAAUGCUCUUCCCAGGAGAAUGGAGGGAGCCUAAACCAGCCAUGUUUGCGACAUAUUACGAACAAAUGUCCUUUUGGGCGAGGGAGAUGUUUGACCUGAGCAAUAUCUUCAACCAGGGCUCACGAGGCGCCGUCUACCCGUGGCACGAUCAGCAUUUAUGGUCCAUUUUGGCGGAAAUGAAGGGUUCUUUGUUUCUGUACAUGAUACUCAUCGCCACGGCUCAGUGUCGGGUCUACGUGCGUCUGGCAGUCAUGUGCCUCAUGACUUACAUGUACUUUCUCUGGAAUCACUGGGAGGUAUGGGUAUACAUACUCGGCGCCAUCGUGGCACAGGUCGACCUGCUCUUGACCGAACGCGAAGAACGAAACAAGCAUAUUUUACCCAGUGGCCUUCCACCAUCGCCGCCUCGCUCCCUAGCAGCUGAAGCCGACCACAAACGAAAGGAAUACGGGUGGACGCAAUAUCGCCCAACAGCCCGGACGGCAGCCUGGUCUUGGCUGCGUGUGUUUGGGUUCUGUGUCGCUUUUUACUUUCUUUCAUACCCGAUCGAUGGUUCUAGGGACUAUGCCCCGGGAUACAUCUGGCUUAACAAGCUCAUUCCAGAGUGGAUGGACCGAAAGGACAAAUUCUACCCGAACAUCGGCACCGCAAUACUUUUGUUGCUCCUUGCACGUGCAGACCCUGACACGUCCAAGUGGCGGCAGAUGUGCAAUAGCGAUCUGGCGCAGUAUUUGGGCAAGAUCAGUUUUGGGUUGUAUUUGGUCCAGGGACCUGUGCUGCAUGCGUUCGGGUAUAUGCUCCCUCAGCGGAUGUGGUGGUCAAUGGGUGUUCAGGGCAGAGAAACGGAUAAUUAUACGUGGACGGCUGUACUUUUCGUCGGUUGGGCUAUAAGUCUUGCCGUUGCCAUCUGUGUGGCUGAUGUGUGGUCGAGAGAAGUUGAGGGUCGGUGUGUGAAAGCUGUAAAGAAAGUGGAGGAGUUCUCUUUCGUGAAGACAAAAUGAAACUGUCUAUGUUUUUGUGUUCUCAUAUAGCGACGGCGUCAGAGCAUUGGUUCUACGUUUUUCUUCACGAAGGGCCGGAGAUGCAUUGGGAGGGUGCGUGUAUAUUCGCCAGAGGACCAUGCACACUUGUGUGUCCAGUGGCCUUUUUGUAUACCUAUUUUGUACAUCACAGCAGAUACAUUGUUUGCUCAACACUUGCCUGACGUGUUUCUACCUACACUUACCAGGGAUAUUCCACUGAGGGUGCCAUGUU